AAAUAGUAUAAAAAAACUUUUCUUCAAAGGAAUGAAAAUAAAAGGAGACUAACAAAGCUUCGUUCGUUGGCUCUUUGUCUCAAUUACUGGAUCUUCUUUUCUUUUGUCAUACGAUCUUACUCUUUCAUGGCUUCUUCUUCUCCUUCGUCCUCCAAUCGUCAACCAGAGUAUGACGUUUUUCUGAGCUUCAGAGGUGAAGAAACUCGCCUUAACUUCACCAGUCAUCUACUCAAAGCUUUGAAAGACCCUGGAAUCAACGUCUUCUACGAUGAAGAAACCCUGAAAAUGGGAGAGGAACUUUCUCCAGCACUGUUGAAAGCAAUAGCGGAAGCACAGAUAGCCAUAAUCGUUUUAUCUGAAGGAUAUGCUUCUUCCUCAUGGUGCUUGAGAGAACUAUGUGAGAUCAUGAAAAGGUAUACUGAGGAACAGCUUAUUGUGGUGCCCAUUUUCUACAAUAUUAACCCGUCCGAUGUGCGAAACCUUCGUGGAAAUUUUAAAAAAUCCUUUGAUGAGCAUCAAAGAAAGAAGCCGGCUGGUGACGUAGAGCAGUGGAAGGGUGCUUUUGCUAAAGUAGCGGAUUUGAAAGGUUGUCAUAUAGUGGGAAACUCAUACAGAUCUGAAUCUGAACACAUUGUGACAAUCGUUAAAGAAGUUCGGGAUAAGUUGAAGAGCAAGUCUCCAAGUAGUCAUUCUCAGAAAUUGGUUGGGAUAGAUGAUCAGAAGGCGAAAAUUGUAUCUUGGGCACGUAUGGAUCAAAUUCGAACAAUUGGAAUUUGUGGUAUGGGUGGUAUAGGCAAAACAACUCUUGCUGAAGCUGUUUAUGAUGAAGUCUCUUCUGAUUUUCAUUAUCAUUGCUUUCUUUAUAAUGUUCGUGAAAAUUUUGAAAAAAAAGGAAGGCAGUCUGUACGAAAUGAAUUUCUUAGCAGUUUAUUAAAGCAUGACGCUUCCUCAUUAUCCAAUUUAGUGCUCCACUGUAAAAGAGUAUUUGUUGUCCUUGAUGAUGUCGAUGAGCCAAACCAACUAGAAGAUUUAUGUGUUGAACAUUUUGGACUUGGAAGUAAAAUCAUUCUAACAUCCAGAGAUCAACAAGUAUUAAGAAAUGGAGAUGCUAAAAUAUAUGACGUAACGAAGUUAAAUGAAGAUGACUCUCUUAAACUCUUUUCUAAAUAUGCCUUUAAGCAAGACAAUCCUAUUGCUGAUUUCCGGUAUCUGUCAAAUAUGUUUGUAAAUUAUGCUCAAGGCCUUCCACUUGCUCUUAAAGUUUUGGGUUCUACACUAUUAUCAAUGCCGAAAGAAGAUUGGAUAAGUGAAAUGGAUAAGCUAAAGAAGUUUCCCGAAAAAAAAGUCUUUGAUGUAUUGAAGAUUAGUUUUAAUGGACUGGGUGAGUUAGAAAGGAAUAUAUUUCUUGAUGUUGCAUUCUUCCUCAAAGGGAAAAACAGAGAGCGUGUUACAAAAAUACUGGAUAGUUGUUAUAAAUGUAAUGUACGAUCUGCAAUAACCAAGCUGGGGGACAAGUGCCUACUUGAUAUUUCAACACCUGACAAUAUUCUUUGGAUGCAUGAUUUGCUAGAAGAUAUGUGUUGGAAUAUAGUUCGCCAAGAGUCGGAUGAUCCUAGAAAACGCAGUAGGUUACGUGGACUUGAUGAUGUUCAACUCGUGUUAAAAGAUGAUAAGGUGACAGAUUCGGUUAAAGGGAUAUCCAUUGAAAUCCAUGAACCACCACAAUUUUGUCCGGCUGAUUUUGAAAAGAUGACCAAUCUUCGGUUUAUCAAUCUCUAUCCUAUUUCUUGGUCAGCUGUAAAUGCUAUUAUAUCUGACAACUGGAACGACGAUCAGAUAUUUCUUUCUGAUGAGCUAUGCUAUCUUCAUUGGCGAUAUUAUCCGUUUAAAUCUUUGGGAUCAAACUUUAGUCCAAAGAACCUUGUUGAAUUAAGAUUACCGCGUAGCAAAGUCGAACUACUUUGGAGUGGAGACCAGAAUCUACAAAAUUUAAGAGUGCUUGACCUCCAACUCUGCAGUAAGUUACGCAAGAUCCCAAAUCUCUCAACAGCUAUACACCUUGAGGAAUUAAUAUGUACCCACUGCCAUAGUCUGGUUGAAUUUCCCAGCAUGAAACGUUUGACGUCUCUUAAAAGGCUAGAUCUGAAGAAUUGUCUUAGUCUGAAAAAGUUUCCUGAAUUUCCAAGUCAUUUAAAUGUAUUAGAUUUAACUGGCACCGGGAUUGAAGAAGUACCUGAUUCGAUCGGCGAUCUCCUACAACUUAGAAAGUUAUCUUUGUCUUCCUCAAGCCUUAUAAAUGUUUCAAGCAAUCUUUCUAAGUUGGAAUCUCUUACUGAUCUAGAACUCCGUGGACGCCAAAUCACCGAAUUUCCAGAAAUUCCCAAAAAUCUAUCCAAAUUAUGUGUGGCUUGGACUGGAAUAGAACGAGUGCCAUCAUCCAUAAGCUGGCGAGAUAAACUUCAAGUUUUAGAUAUGGAAAGCACAAGGAUUCAAAAUCUUCCAAGCAGUAUUAUUGAGUUGGAGGCUCUUAAAGUUAUCAAACUCUUUGAUUGCACCCGUAUCACCAACUUUCCCAAUUUUCCAGAGAAGAUAGAAGAAAUAUAUAUGAACAACACUUCAAUUGAAGAAGUUCCCUCAUCAUCAAUCUCUAGGCUUAAAAGCCUCAAAAAAUUGGUAGUGAGAAGAUGCCGAAGACUCAAAUCAUUGCUAGGGCUCCCACCAUAUCUAGAAACAAUAGCAGCAGAUGAAUGCAGGUUAUUACAAACAGUUUCGUUCAUGGAUCAAGAUCCACGUACAUUCCAACUGAAACGACGUGACUUGAUUGCAUUUAAAGACUGCGUCGAACUGAAUGGAGAUGCAAUCAACAACAUUGUGGCUAAUACACUGCUCAAGAUUGAGUGCAUUACGGAGCAAUUGGUUGAGAGAUCUACAGUGGAAUCGACAAAGGUGCUGGUAGAGAAAAAGCACUCCAAUUGGAUACGGCGAGAGCACAUCAAAGAGAAAGUUUAUGAAACAAGUUACCACAAAGUGGAAUUGGUUUGUGUUUUACCUGGAUUUCAAAUGUUAGAACAGUUCGAGCAGCUGCAUGGGAAUUCUUCAAUGGCUGUGGAGCUAGAUCCAGAUAAGUGUAGUAGUGGAUUAUUGGGGUUUGCUUUAUGCAUUGUCGUGAGAAGUUUUGUUAAGUGUGCGAAAUGUAGUUGCAAAUGCCAAUUGAUAACCAGAAGUGGUGAUUGUCAUACUUUCAUUCAUAACUUUACUCCCACUAUUUUUGGUGGUGGUGGUAAUGCACGUUACAUUGUCUUUGAUCACAAUAUGCUUCACGAAGCCAUGCCUUAUGUGGAGGCUUCAUUUCAAGUUCAACCCAACUUCGCCCAAUUGGAUUGCGUUGGUGUUCGUGUAUUCUAUAUGGAUGCAGACAGAAUCCGGCGAAAGGUUCAGCUCUCUAAUGAUUUUGAAUCCAGUGAAAUUUUCCUGACCGAAGAAGAUAUUGGGCAGACAGGAAGUUCUGGCUCGGAGGAAGAUCAAAGAAAUUUUAGCCCUGAUAAUGGAUAUGAACCAGAGCCUAAUAAGAUUAAAACUAUUUUCUCUCUCUUGAUCGAGGGUCUACAAAGGACGCUGCAAAAGGUAUUCUCCCUAUGCGAGGGAAAAAUGGAGCAAGAGGAUGCUUGAAGUUGAAAAAAUCCGGGAGGAACUUGGAUGCUAAAAUUUUGUAAUUUUCUUAUGUUUGAACCUAUUCCUUUCAAUUAUCAGCUCAAUCAUUGUCAUCUUUUCCAUCAGCAUCAUUUCAAAACAGUCUUGUGCAGUAGAGUUGAGAGUGGAAGCAAUUUCAUAGAGGCGGAAGC